CCGAUCACUCGCCGGAAAAACAAUGAACACACCACACCAACAAAUCCCAAUCCAGUUCACCCCUGAUGACCGCCUUAAUCGACCCCACGUUAAUGAAGGUCGCCAAUUAAGGCGGCAUCACACCGCCCGAUAUUAUGUCCACCGUGUAAAAGAAAGCCUAACCACUCGUGUCUCGAAGCUAAUAUGUUCAGUUUUUCUUAGUCUUCUGUUCAUCGUAGGCCUCAUAACAUUCAUCUUAUGGCUCAGUUUACGCCCACAUCGUCCAAGAUAUCAUAUCCAUGAAUUCUCAAUCCCCAGUAUAGCCCAAGAUAAUGGCUUUGCAACUGCUCAAGCAACCUUCAAUGUGACUGCGCGAAAUGCAAAUCUCAAUAUCGGGAUUUACUAUGAUACUAUGCACCUAACACUAUACUAUCAGGAUCAGAACAUUGGGGAAAUGCCAUUACUGUUUCCUUUCUAUCAAUCUCCUAAGAACACGACCGUUCUCUAUGGCACGUUCUCUGGAUCCACGUUGGUGGUUGAUACCGCACGUUGGACACAGUUUGUCGCUGAUCGGAUGCGUGGGAUGGUGUCGUUUCGGCUAGAGGUUGUAACAUCCAUGAGGUUCAAGGUGGCCACAUGGGAAAGCAAGAACCACAAGAUGCAUGCGAACUGUCUAAUUGGAGUCGGACCAGAUGGGUUGUUAAUAACAAGUUAUAAAGAAAAGAAAUGCCGAGUCUAUUUUACUUAGAAAUUCAAACUCUAACCAUUUUCCAUGUGUACCUUUUAAUUGCUUUUGUUUUUUCCUUUCUGAAAA